CCAAAAGCUCAUUUGGGUCUGGUCGAGCAUCCUACCUUGCAAUAUCUGUAUGAAAAUUACGAGUGAGUCGGGAAGAAGACAGCAACAGCUUUUCCACCACAGAGGGUCAGGAUAAGGUCGUAACGAGCGGCACAUGGCUACGUACGGCAUAGUGGAAUUCUACUAUGCACUGCCGCUAUUUUUCAUGGAUAAGUGUUACAGGUCACGUUGAGAAGUAGCAAAUUUUAAGCCAAGCAGCAGCGAAGAUGCAGACCACGAUGAAGAGCAGUGCCGUCAAGGGUCAGCGCGUGAGCAGCGCUCGCGUGGCGCCCCGCAGCGUGCGCAGGGCUCAGCUGCACGUCGUGGCCGCUAGCCGCUCGCAAAUGGGCCGUUGGCGCUCCAUUGACGCCGAUGUGGAUAAUUCUGACGACCAGCAAGACAUCACCCGCGGUCGCGCCAUGGUAGACGACCUGUUCCAGGGCGGUUUCGGCGCCGGCGGCACCCACAACGCCGUGCUCUCCUCCACCGAGUACCUGAGCCAGGCGCGCGCCUCCUUCAACAACAUCGAGGACGGCUUCUACAUCAGUCCCGCCUUCCUGGACAAGAUGACCAUCCACAUCGCCAAGAACUUCAUGGACCUGCCCAAGAUCAAGGUGCCGCUCAUCCUGGGCAUCUGGGGCGGCAAGGGACAGGGCAAGACGUUCCAGUGCGCGCUGGCCUACAAGAAGCUGGGCAUCAGCCCCAUCGUCAUGUCGGCUGGAGAGCUGGAGAGCGGCAAUGCGGGGGAGCCCGCCAAGCUGAUCCGCACGCGCUACCGAGAGGCCUCCGACACCAUCAAGAAGGGCAAGAUGUGCUCCCUCUUCAUUAACGACCUGGACGCGGGCGCGGGUCGCAUGGGCGACACCACGCAGUACACCGUGAACAACCAGAUGGUGAACGCCACGCUAAUGAACAUCGCCGACAACCCCACCAACGUGCAGCUGCCCGGCGUGUACAAGAACGAGGAGAUCCCGCGUGUACCCGUUGUGUGCACCGGCAACGACUUCAGCACCCUGUAUGCGCCGCUCAUUCGCGAUGGGCGCAUGGAGAAGUACUAUUGGAACCCCACUCGCGAGGACCGCAUCGGCGUGUGCAUGGGCAUCUUCCAAGAGGACGCCGUGAAUCGCGGCGACAUCGAGCGACUGGUGGACACCUUCCCCGGGCAGUCCAUCGACUUCUUCGGCGCUCUGAGGGCGCGAGUGUACGACGACAUGGUCCGCAAGUGGAUUGCCGAGGUGGGUAUUGAGGGCAUCGGCAGCCGCCUGGUCAACACGCGGCAGAAGGUGAGCUUCCCCAAGGCCUCCAUGACGCUGGAGGUGCUGCUCAAGUACGGCAAGGCGCUGGUGGAGGAGCAGGAGAACGUGAAGC